AUGCUGAACCCGGACAAGUUCUGUCAACUGUCCAAUAUUGGAUUAAUUGGGCCGGAAGGCAAAUGCUUCGCGUUCGAUGAUCGUGCCCAAGAAUACGGUCGAGGUGAAGGAAUUGCAACGUUGGUCCUGAAACGCCUAGACGACGCUCUUCGAGAUGGUGAUCCUGUCCGUGCUUUUAUACGGGAAACUGGAAUGAAUCAGGAUGGUAAAACACCUAAUAUCACCUUUCCUUCUCGAGAGCCUCAAGAGGCCUUAAUGAGGGCCUGUUAUAGCCGUGCCGGCUUGGAUCCCGCCGAUACUAUGUAUGUCGAGGCGCACGACACGGGAACCAAAGCUGGUGAUCAUGUUGAAACCGCCGCCAUUGGGUCUGUGUUUGGGCCCGGAAGAACCUCACAGCUUCCACUUUUGAUGGGUUCGGUUAAGUCGAACGUAGGCCAUACUGAGGCUGCUAGCGGCAUAGCGGCAAUAAUCCAAAUGACCAAAUCGUUUGAAAAAGGUCUAAUUCCCCCAAGUGUCAAUAUAGAGCAGGUCAGCGCUUCUUUGGAUCUUCAAAAUGGUAGGCUGAAGGUUGCACAGGCUCUGGAAGCUUGGCCUAAUACCAAAGUUCGGCGAGCGUCGGUUAACAACUUCGGUUGGGGCGGCUCUAAUACCCAUGUCAUCAUGGAUGAUGCUGCAGAUUAUCUUAUGAAGCAUAGCAGUCAGGGAUUGAACACAUCUCAAGACCCUCGCUCCGCCUGGAAGGUGUUCGUUCUAAGUGCUAAAGAUGAGAAUGCCGCCGAGAACAUGACGAAUCGCCUUUUGAGAUACAUCAAAAGCCGUGGUCCAUCGCUCCAGGCUCUCUCGUUUACUUUGUGUCAGCGCCGUUCUCGGUUCCCUUACACAAUUGCCUUUUCGGCCGCCUCAACUUCAGACCUUUUAACAAGUCUGGCAGAUUCAACACUAGUCCCGACUUAUGCGGCAGAAGUCCCUAGAAUAGGCUUUGUUCUCACCGGUCAAGGUGCCCAAUGGCAUGGCAUGGGCCGAGAACUGAUGGAGGAAUACCCCGUCUUCCAUCAAACACUUCGAGAAGCAGACAUAAUUUUCCAAGGAUUUGGUGCACCAUGGUCGUGCAUCGAAGAACUCAGUCGAGACUCAUCCACAUCGCCUAUCAACACACCUAGCCUCAGUUUCCUUCUUUCAUGUGUGAUCCAAUUAGCACUCGUUCGUGUCCUUGCCUCCUGGAAAAUUCGCCCAACUGCCGUAACCGGUCACUCCAGUGGAGAGGUCGCCGCAGCUUAUGCAUCAGGAGCUCUGAGCUUCAGAGAGGCUCUGGCGAUUGUUUAUUUCCGCGGGUUGUUAACGUCUCAACAUCUUGCCAAAUCCACCUCCUCUGGCGGUAUGUUGACUGUUGCUUUGGGACAGGAGGACAUGCAGCCUUACCUCAACCGCCUAACGGCCGGUAUAGUUGUCAUUGCAUGCGUGAACAGUCCAUCCAGUGUCACAAUCUCCGGCGAUCUAGCAGGUAUUGAAGAGCUUCAACAAUAUCUCGACGGUGAUGGAAUUUUCGCUCGUCGCCUUCGGGUUCAAUCGGCUUACCACUCUCAUCACAUGCUUCCACUAGAGCAGGAAUACCGUGAGAUUCUCCAAAAGCAUCUUAGUCGUGAUCGUCAAUUCAGCCCUGAUAUUUUCGUCUCUUCGCCCGUUUCUGGUGGAGUAGUGGAUGAGGCAGAGACUCUAGGACCCGAGCACUGGGUCCAAAACAUGUUAGUGCCUGUGCUGUUUGAUCAAUGCUUUCAAAGAAUGUGCAUUUCGGAUGAGUCCACAGACACUCCUGACCCCAGGGUAGAUUUCAUAAUUGAGAUCGGACCUCAUGGCGCCCUUGCAGGACCUAUUCGCCAGUGCCUGUCGGACAUGACUAGCACAGCACUGUCCAUCACUCACAUCUCCUGUUUGACCAGAAAACAAGAUGCCGUUCAUACAAUGCAGAAAAUGGUAUCUAAUCCCGUGGCCCAUGGUCAUCCCUUCGACCUUGGCCAAGUCAAUUUUCCCCGUGGUGAAGACAGAGAGCUUCGCCCAAUUCCAGAUCUGCCCUCGUAUCCUGGAAUCAUUCACAGCGAUUUUGGGCCGAACCUCGCGUCAGCCGCGAGCAUCGGUUUAGAAAGCACCCACAUAAUGAGCUCUUGGGCACCAGGGCACCUGGUUUAG